GUGUGUGCCUGCAGGAGAGGGAGAGACUACACCCAUCACAGUUUGAUGAGUGGCUUAGUUUGCCUCCUGCAUUUCGGAUUACUGCUCUGACUGAUUGCUGGAUUUGCGGAGCUGAACUUUGAAGCAGCAAAGUUUUGUACCUGGAGAAGAGUACAGAGAUGAACAGCCGUGCUCUACCUUCUUCCAUACCUGAGGACGGGGAGGUCUUGGGCUACAAUCCACACGGGGAGAUGAACGGUUACCAUCAAAGGUUUCGGGAUGGCGACGGUGGGGAGGCAGAAGUCCCGGUGUCCAAGUCCCAGAAGCGGAAGAGUGAUGUUAAAGUCUAUAAGGAGUUUUGUGAUUUCUAUGCACGCUUCAACAUGGCCAAUGCCCUGGCCAAUGCCAUGUGCGAGCGCUGCAAGAGUGGCUUUGCUCCGGCUGAGAAGAUAGUGAACAGUAACGGAGAACUUUACCAUGAGCAGUGCUUUGUGUGCGCCCAGUGUUUCCAACAGUUCCCAGAGGGUCUCUUCUAUGAGUUUGAAGACAGGAAAUACUGUGAACAUGACUUCCAGAUGCUCUUUGCGCCAUGCUGCCACCAGUGUGGUGAGUUCAUCAUUGGCCGGGUCAUCAAGGCCAUGAACAACAGCUGGCACCCCGAAUGUUUCUGCUGUAACAUCUGCCAGGCUGUGCUCGCCGAUGUUGGAUUUGUUAAGAAUGCAGGCAGGCACCUGUGUCGUCCGUGCCACAACAGAGAGAAAGCGCGUGGCCUGGGCAAGUACAUCUGCCAAAAGUGUCAUGCCAUCAUUGAAGAGCAGCCCCUUCUGUUCAAGAAUGACCCCUACCACCCUGAUCACUUCAACUGUAACAACUGCGGAAAGGAGUUGACUGCUGAUGCCAGGGAGCUGAAGGGGGAGCUUUACUGUUUGCCCUGCCACGACAAGAUGGGCGUCCCCAUCUGCGGGGCCUGCAGGAGACCCAUCGAGGGCCGUGUGGUCAAUGCAAUGGGCAAGCAGUGGCAUGUGGAGCAUUUUGUGUGUGCUAAGUGUGAGAAACCUUUCCUGGGACACCGCCACUACGAACGCAAGGGCCUGGCCUACUGUGAAACACACUACAACCAGCUGUUUGGAGAUGUUUGCUACCACUGCAAUCGUGUUAUAGAAGGAGACGUGGUGUCAGCCCUCAACAAGGCUUGGUGCGUCAACUGCUUUGCUUGCUCCACUUGCAACACCAAGCUCACCCUCAAGGAUAAAUUUGUGGAAGUGGAUCUGAAACCGGUGUGUAAGCACUGCUAUGAACGUCUGCCGGACGACAUGAAACGUUGGCUGUCAAAGCGGGAGCGCGACUCAAAGGAGAAAAAGAAGAAACCAUUGAUACCCAUGUGUCUGUGAUCCUCUCUCAUUUCCUUCUCUGCACUUCAGCUGUUCUUCUCUUGGAACAAGUUUGUGGAGUUUGACAUGAAGCCAGUGUGCAAGAAGUGUUAUGAGAAAUUUCCACUGGAGCUGAAGAAGAGACUGAAGAAGUUGUCGGAAACUGUUGCACGGAAGUAAACAGGCCAUUUACGGUAACACCCGACGUGCCACCACUGAGUCUUUUUAUGUAGAACUGCAGAGUUUUGAGUGCCAUUUAAUGGGCCAGACUCUGUUAGUCGGUGCAACGUCUGUGUCAUUUACAGCUUUCACUCAGCUUCCUUUUCACACUGCUAUGUAACUGAAACACAUUGUGAUGGAUUGACUGUGUUACUGAUGCUCUAGCAUAUUAAAGAGCAAACCCAAAGUAAAAUGAAGAAAAAAAAAAGUUAAAUACUUAUAUAUCACUUAUUUACUUUUUGUUAUUAUCACUAUUUUAUGUAUUGUAUGUGUAUUUUCACUAAAAUAUGCUGUAUACAGUAGCUGUUUCAGUGGCCUUCUUGUUUCUGUAAUAGAGUUGUUGGAUUAUUUUUUUGUGUUAUGCCUUGAUUAAAUUGAGAAUGUAUUGGUGUAAUUCUCCAUUUAAAGUGUGUUUCUACUUCAUUCGGUUCAUGUGUACUAUCUGACAUUAACCCAUAUAUUUGGUUCAAAUUCAGUAUUGGAAAAACGUCGUUACAAAUCUUAAUAGUGGCCAGCUGUAUUUCAGGGCAACUGUUUUGAAUUUACAGUACAACAUGAUGGACGCUGGCAUUUGCGUGUGUUGUUUGUAAUCCAGGCAAAAUUAUCCUCUUACCCCAGCCUCUUCCAGACUCGGAAACAAAGCCAACUGUCCAAUCUGCUUAUCCAGUAUAGUUUAACCUGAACUGAAUUUUGCCAUAAAAAGCAUAUAUCUUCUAUUCAUUAUAGUGACACAUUCCAUAGCGUAGCAAAAACAUGAGCCAUGUGUUUUUGUUGUGAAUUUCAUUUCAAUUAUUCCAUUUCAAAGUACAUUCAUAUAGCCAAUUAUUUAUAAUUCAGCCACACAUAAAAGAUGGACUGAAGUGAUGCUACAUAGUAUUUUUUUUUCUUCACAUUGCUUAGCAAUCACGUAAAUAUGACAAGAUGUAUGAUGUAAAUCACUGGUGUCCAAACCUAAGCCCAAGGGCGAUCUGCGGCCCGCUGUCCGUUUUUUGGUGGCCCUUAACAUGUACUAAAAACAACAUUUGACGCAACCUAUGGUAAAGUAUUUUAGUUCUUACCGGGGUACGCUCCUGACAAAUAUUGUAUCAGUCCUAAAUAGUUUUGUUGUUGUUGAGAUUUUAUGCAACGAUGCAAAGAAACUGUUUUACAUCUAAACUGAUUACAUUUCAAUUCAUAAAGCCUCCAUGAAUAAACAUCUGUUCCAAAAGCAAAUCACGAGAAUUGCAAAUUGCUGUACUUUCUGCUCCAAUUUGUGAAAUACAUAAUGCAGCCGUUUUCCCAAAAUAAAUAUAAUUGAAACAAUAUAUAAUUGCUUGAUGGAUUAUUUUAAUGUGUUUAAUAAGUACAAAGUAUGUGAAAGUGGUCCUAGCAUCUUUUAGUUUUUAUUCAUGCAGCCCUUGGAGGAAAAGGUUUGGACACCACUGGUAUAAUGCAGUUAUUCAUUCGAUGAAAGAUCAUUCUGUCAGCUCAGCAUAAUAAACGUGCAGUAUUUAAA